GCUCCCUCCCUGCGUGCCUCGCUUUCCUCCUCCGGCCGCCGGCGGGUGCGAUGUGCCGCCGCCGCUGCCCCAGCCGCCGCUGACUGACGGACCGGGGGGCGCCGCCCGCGCCCGGGACCGACCCGCCACUUGCGGCCGCGCCUUUGAGGUCACUAUCAAUAUCAGCUCACAUCAUUGAAAAGAUAAUUUUGAAGACAUGUUUUGCUGAAAAGAAAACUGAGAAAAAUUUUACGAAUGGGAUGAACACGCAUCAGUUAAUUGACUACCUACUGCAAUUUGAAUGUUAACAUUACCCACCUGGUACAGUUACCUAGUGAUGUACCUGUUCUCACGAUACCCUAUUUCAGUGUGGUCGUCUUGAUUAAAGAAUUCAAAGUGGAGUACCGCAAACUUGAUAUGGAUAAUAAAAAGAAAGACAAGGACAAAUCAGAUGAUAGAAUGGCACGACCUAGUGGUCGGUCAGGACACAACACUCGAGGAACUGGUUCUUCAUCCUCUGGAGUUUUAAUGGUUGGACCUAACUUUAGAGUCGGAAAAAAAAUUGGAUGUGGGAAUUUUGGAGAAUUACGAUUAGGGAAAAAUUUAUACACAAAUGAAUAUGUGGCAAUUAAACUGGAGCCCAUGAAAUCCAGAGCACCACAACUACAUUUGGAAUACAGAUUCUACAAGCAGUUAGGAUCUGGAGAUGGUAUACCUCAAGUUUACUAUUUUGGCCCUUGUGGGAAAUACAACGCUAUGGUGCUGGAACUGCUGGGACCUAGUUUGGAAGAUUUGUUUGAUUUGUGUGACAGAACAUUUUCUCUUAAAACGGUUCUCAUGAUAGCUAUCCAACUGAUUUCUCGCAUGGAGUAUGUCCAUUCAAAGAACUUGAUAUACAGAGAUGUGAAGCCUGAGAACUUCUUAAUAGGACGACCAGGAAACAAAACCCAGCAAGUUAUUCAUAUUAUAGAUUUUGGUUUGGCAAAGGAAUAUAUUGAUCCAGAGACAAAGAAACACAUACCAUACAGAGAACAUAAGAGCCUUACAGGAACAGCUAGAUAUAUGAGCAUAAACACACAUUUAGGAAAAGAACAAAGUAGAAGAGAUGACUUAGAAGCUUUAGGUCAUAUGUUCAUGUAUUUUCUGAGAGGCAGUCUUCCUUGGCAAGGUUUAAAGGCGGACACAUUAAAAGAGAGGUAUCAGAAAAUUGGAGACACAAAACGAGCCACACCAAUAGAAGUGUUAUGUGAAAAUUUUCCAGAAGAAAUGGCAACAUAUCUUCGUUAUGUAAGAAGGCUAGAUUUUUUUGAAAAACCAGACUAUGACUACCUAAGAAAACUUUUUACUGACUUGUUUGAUCGAAAAGGGUAUAUGUUUGAUUAUGAAUAUGACUGGAUUGGUAAGCAGUUGCCUACUCCAGUGGGUGCAGUUCAGCAAGAUCCUGCUCUGUCAUCAAACAGAGAAGCACAUCAACACAGAGAUAAGAUACAACAAUCCAAAAAUCAGUCGGCAGACCACAGGGCAGCUUGGGACUCCCAGCAGGCAAAUCCCCAUCAUUUGAGAGCUCACCUUGCAGCAGACAGACAUGGUGGCUCGGUACAGGUUGUAAGUUCUACAAAUGGAGAAUUAAACACAGAUGAUCCUACUGCAGGACGUUCAAAUGCACCUAUCACAGCCCCUACGGAAGUAGAAGUGAUGGAUGAAACCAACUGCCAGAAAGUGUUGAACAUGUGGUGCUGCUGCUUUUUCAAACGAAGGAAAAGGAAAACCAUACAGCGCCACAAAUGACUCUGGACACAGACAGAUCAUGGGGAGUUACUUACAUGUUCAUCUGCUGUCUUGUGAUUAAAAUCAUCUCUGUAGUGACCACAUAUAUUUUCAAGAACUCACUGUUAGAAACAAAAAUGUCAUACUUUCAUACUUCAUUUUGUGGUUGUCUUACAUUCGUAUUUUUUUCUAAUUUAACUUUUAUGGAAGCUUUAAAGUUUUGUCAAAACAUGAGUGCUUUGCCCAUCAUUGAAUGGAAUGGACCAAUGAGGUGGUAUUGAUGAAUUACAGUUCUGUAGAACAUUUUUCAGAAGCUCUCCUCCUGUUGUAGAAAGCAGUACAGUAUCUUAAAUGUCAACCAAUUAUAUACCUAAUCUGAUUUUUAUAACUUCUGUGAGAGAAUAAUCAAAGAGGAAUUUUCUCCCCAGUGGAUAAUGCAACAGAGAAAACAGAGUUGCCCAAAUAUUUAAAAGAAGUUAUCCCUUGAGAAGAUCAUUAUCUGUGUGACAUCUGCAUUGAUUUCACUGUUACUGUCGGUACUGCUAUUCAUGAGUCAUAUUAACAUUCUCUCUGUGAAAUCAUGGUACAGUUACUGCCCAGAGGUACUGAGGAAAAAGCUCUAUGGGUUUGGCAGAUGGUAGUGGUAAAAUGAAUCACAAGUAGUGUGGUAAAUAUGAGCUCUGCUUUUGUUGCACCACUAAGUGAAAUACAGUGUUGUCGAAGUGGCAAAAGCGCUUAUUUUUUAAAACUGCAAAAUAUUUGUAUAAUGUAACUUUAUGCUUCCAGAUAAUAAUGUAUGUUAGACAGCAAGAAAUGAAUACUUUGAGAAAUGAGAUAUGUUGGAGUUUUUUGAAAAAUACACUAAGGAGAAGGAAUAAAUGUGAAUCUCACCGCAUCAUAUGAGGCUGAAAUCUAAGGAGAUCCCACUGAAACCUGCUGCUGAACGAUUACAUUCACCUUAAGCAGAAAACUUUGGAUGUGCCACACAAUGGUGUCUGUUUAUUAAUUAUUUGCCCUUUGAUUUUAAAAAAAGACCCUCAGCAAUAAAAACGGGGUCACUGUAUUGCCCUCUGCGCACAUUAGUCUCUUGUAUUCAACUUUGCUGGUUCUCUGGAAUUUUCCUACUUUUUAGCGUAAUUGUGAUGAUUGAAAACUAUUUUGGAGAGGAUGGGUCAGGUGCUUUGUCCCCAUAGUCUUUUGAAGUGCCUGCAUAUGAACAAAGUAAUGGUUCUGUAAAAAAAGGAAACCCAUUCCACUUUUCAAGUAUGCUUUGUUUUAAGCCAUGAAGACACAGGUAUACUUCUGUCACAUUCUACUAGCCAGAAUUUGCAAGGAGAGUUAAGACAAAAAGACUGGCUAGAAACAUAAUUAUGUUGUUCAAAUCUCACAUUCACCUUUCCUUCGUGAACUUGUUGCUUACUCCUUCCACUCAGCCCCUUCUUUUUGUCUUUAAGUGUGUGCCUCCGGGCAUGCUUAUUUAUUUUUAUUGUCUCAAGGUAACAUUUAAAAUAUGUAAUUAAAGUAAAUAAAUCUACAUUUUUGACAUUAUUGCAUUUACAGGAAUUUAACUGUACUUUGUAAUUUAUUUUUCUUAUUAGCCAAAAGUUCAGUGCAUUGUUUUUGAUGAAUUAGGCACCCAUAUGAAUACCGCAAAUCAGGACAUUAUCAUUGUUGCUCUGAAUCUAUGAAUGAUCUUUAUAAGUUCUUGAUUUUAAAGACCUACACUCAGCCUAGAAAACACUUGUUGUAUAAUUUGGUCAACAGUUUCCAUUUUAUCUAUUUGUAUACUGUCAUGAUGUCUUAAACUACAGGAGUUACAUACUGAGUUUUUAUUUUUGUUUGCUUUGAGCAAGGUAGAUGGAUGUUUUGGCCAUUAUAAUGUGAAACCACUUCUUUCUUUACAGUAUUUGACCAAAUUUGUGUGUCUAUGAUAUUUGUAAAUACAUGCGAUAUCUGUAUUUCUUAUCAUAAGCCUGUUUAGUUUUAUUCUCAGUAGGGUUUUUGGACUGUACAGUGUUUAUAUGAUCUGAACUCCUUAUACAUAAGAAGGUGUGUAUAUUAAUCCAAUUAUGGACUUAAAAUAUUUUAAAACUAUAAAUACCCUUAUUUGCUGCAAAGACCAGUGUGUAGACAUUUGCUUUUUAGCAAUAUUUUUAAGUGCUCCAUUUUAAUGCCAAGGAAUAAGUCUUUUGGCAACACAAACUGGUCAAUAAUAGGUAAUGCAGGUAUGUUCAGGUUAAGCCAACAAUGUUUUGCAUUUUUAUGCUUCUUUUCUGUCAACACUAAUGAAGUCAACAUUGCCUGAAUGUCUGAAUAAUGAAACACAUCCCUGUUUAAAAGUAUGUAACUGAAAAAGAAAUAAAAAAUAAAGGUAGUUUUUUUAAACUUG